GUACAAAAAUAAAGUGUGCUGCCCGGUGCUGCCUGGAGAAGGAGCUCUGCUCGCGUUUUCAUUGGCUCAGACUGAGGAAGACGCUUGAGCGGUCAAUGUGUGACGUCUUGAACAGCUGGUGGGAAAAGUAAACGAACAAGAAAUCCUGCAGUAAGGUGUUUUGAAACACUGGAAUGUGGAGAAGAGCGGCGGUAAAUGGACCUUGGCUAUCAAUCAGAUUAGUAAACGCAGGUUUUUAUGACAAGGGCAAUAUGUCUCGUAAAUUGCACGCGAGAAGAAUUGAAGGAAUUGACAAGAAUAUAUGGGUGGAAUUCACUCAGCUGGCUGCUGACUAUAAGGCUGUGAACCUGGGUCAGGGGUUCCCAGAUUUCUCCCCUCCUAGUUUCAUUCAGGAGGCUUUCUGCAAAGCCCUGAGUGGAGGUUUCUCUAUGCACCAGUACACGCGUGCUUUCGGCCACCCAAAUCUUGUGAAGAUCCUGGCCAAGUUCUUCAGUAGGAUUGUUGGCCGGGAAAUAGACCCAAUGGAGGAUAUCUUGGUUUCUGUAGGAGCAUAUCAAGCACUUUUCUGUACCUUCCAGGCUCUCGUUGAUGAGGGUGAUGAGGUGAUUAUUGUGGAGCCAUUCUUUGACUGUUAUCAGCCAAUGGUAAUGAUGGCGGGAGGAACAGCUAUAUAUGUGCCCCUUAAACCAAAAGAAGGCUGUGGUCCUGUUCUAUCCAGUGCUGACUGGGUGUUGUCCCCUGAAGAGUUGGCGAGUAAAUUUAGUCCUCGUACCAAAGCCAUUGUCAUUAACACUCCUAAUAACCCUCUUGGCAAGGUCUACCAGCGGAAGGAACUUCAGAUGAUUGCUGACUUAUGCAUUAAACAUGACGUCAUUUGCAUCAGCGACGAGGUGUACGAGUGGCUCACAUAUGAUGGAACAAAACAUGUGAAAAUCGCCAGUCUGCCAGGUAUGUGGGAACGCACUGUCACCAUUGGGAGUGCAGGCAAGACUUUCAGUGCCACUGGAUGGAAGGUGGGCUGGGCAAUGGGAUCAGGACAUAUCCUGAAGCACUUAAAAACUGUCCAUCAGAAUUCAGUGUAUCACUGUGCCACAGCUGCCCAGGAGGCCGUAGCAGUAGGUUUUCAGAGGGAAUAUGAUGUAUUUGGCACAGACGAAAGCUAUUUCUGCCAGUUACCCAUACAUCUUCAUGAAAAGCGUCUGAGGCUGGCAGAUUGUUUGAAGACGGUUGGCCUAAAACCUAUACUACCCCAGGGAGGAUACUUCAUGAUCGCAGAUAUCUCAAAUCUUAAUGUUGACCUCACUGAUCCUAGUACUAAAGAUGAUCCCUAUGACUACAGAUUUGUGAAAUGGCUCAUAAAAGAGAAGGGACUGGCCACUAUUCCUGUGUCUGCGUUCUACAGCCCGGAACACAGAGACGAAUUCCAGAAAUACAUCCGAUUCUGCUUCGUUAAGGAAGACUCAACCCUGCAAGCAGCAGAGGACAUACUGAGGCAGUGGAGUGACAGCAAAUGAAAAUGAAAAAUUCUGACAGCACAGACUGAAAAACCUGAAAAGCAAGAGAUCUUACAGCAGAACAAAUCUCAAAUGAGACUGGUUUGUAGCAGUUUAGGAUAUGAAUAGUUCUGUUUGUUAUUAGGCUUGAGAUUGACUAGAUGAACAGAUGGUGCUAAUUGCAUCACAAAACAGAGGUAUUAAAAUCUUGCAUGGCAUGUGUGGUUAAAAAAGGAAAUGGGAAUCAUUGUUCCCAUGAUAGCAAUCAAUAUAAUAUAAUGAGUAUAAAUUUUAUGCUAAAAACACGAGUGGGUACAAUCUUUUCAGCCGGUUAAGCGUUAUUGUUCUUUGAUUUGUCAUGUUCUCUCACUUUAUUUUUUGGCAUUGUAUUGCCACAUAUUUCCUUCCUCUCUGGAUUAUACCUUGAAUUGCAUCACUCCCUGUUACUACUGGAUCCACUAAUAGAUUUAAUUUCAUGUUCAAACUGUUUAAUUUGUACAGUAUAGGUGUCAUGUUGAGCCACUUCCAUCAAAAAAAUACUGCAAACUACCUCUUACAUCUGCAUGUAAAUCUAAAGGAGCUUUCUUUGUGGGUGUUUUAAACACUCACCAGUUACGCAAGUUUUUCUUCUUUUCUUUUUUUUGACAUUUCUGCAGGAGAAAGCAAUAAAGUGUCAUUGUCACACACUGGUCUGUUUAAAAUAAUGGACACAUAAUUAAUUGCAGUACAAAUAGUAAUAAAACAAAUCUGAACAUA